AUGAGAAUUUCCACUGCCACUGCCGAAAUUCCAGGCACGCGAGCAAUUAAAUUCCAUGAAGACCGCGGAGUCCUGACAGACUUAUCGACACCCGUUGGUGUUUUGCCGCUUAUCAGGCAUGAUAUCGUUGGAGCACGCGUGACAAGACAAAGAUCGCCCCCGGGACGAGAUCGAACGACGCUGCCACGUCCUGACAGCUUGUUUGUGCCAUUGCACCCGGAAUAUCGCUUUUACGCAGUCUCUCGAUUGAAAAAAAGAUGCGAUAAGAAGGACGGCUGCGUCAGCACGCAACCUCUGUCAGGAGUUGCGUCAACGGCAUCAAAAAUGACUCGACAGUUUCACUGA